GUAAUUCCACUGAUGGUGGGUAGGUGGCAUUCCGAUGACAUACCGAUACAGUAGCUCUCCAUCUCAUUCUUAGGACUCUCACGCAACAAUUAAGGUCUCCUUACAAGAUAUCCAGAUCAUUAUUUCCCGACACGUAAUUAGCGCAGUGGCCAGUCGUGGACUGUCGAAUUCCCGUCGGUGUGUUUCCGAUCAUUUCAACAAUACGGCAUCUACUUGCGACUGCGUGCAUUCGCGAAUUAUCAACGCAAUUUAUCACUGUGGGUGCAAGGCAUUCAAACCACACACUGGCAGGAUGUUCUUUGAUGGCACCCUCCAAGAAGGCAUUGCCGCCGCCGUGCAGCAGGCAAAGAUGGUUGUGAGCUUUGUUACGGAUGGCGGGGAGGAGAGCACCAAGUGGGAGGAGGAGUAUCUGGUAGACGAUUCUAUCAAGACCGUUCUGAGUACACAGGCUGUAGUACUUCGCCUACAGGCAGGCUCCGAGGAGGCCAAGUAUCUGGCAGCGAUAUUUCCCCUUCCAAAAACGCCAACACUUGUCCUGAUCAGGAAUGGAGAACUCAAAGAGUACAUCGCAAGCGGUGUAUCCAAAGACGAUUUUAUGGCGAGACUGCAAAAGGCUUUGGGCGUAGCACAGCCGGCGCCAGCUGCUCCGGCUGCCGUGGCUAAUCCCGAUGAGUCUUACCCAGCUCAGUACGCCGCAGGGCAUCGCUCAACCGCUGGAGGACUUGAUUCUGUGAUCCAAAGUGGCAGUAGCACAUCAAACCUUGCCCAGGCCAACACGCCCAUACCCACUAGUCAUGUCGCAUCUGGGAACAGAGCAGCAGAAACACAGCCUCAAUCCACCGGGGCUGCAGCAUCGAAACAACCUGACAAGGGGAAAGGCAGGGCCCAGCCGGCGGCCGAGGACCCGACCCCUGGCAAAGCCCAGGUCGAGGUACAGAAGGCUGCAGAGAUAAUCAAAAAGCGAAAGAAGGAGGCAAAUGAGGACAGGCGGCGCAUCUUGGAAAAGAUCGAAUACGACAGGGCGGAGAGAAAGGCUAGGGAAGAGGAGCGCCGCGCAGAAAGGAGAGCCCUUCGGGAAGGCACCCCUGUUGACACCGGCGCAGCUGCUCCAGCAACAGUCGCCAUACCAAAGACGCAAGCAAGCAGGACCGUCAGUGAGAUAUGCGCACUACAGGUUCGAGAUUUUGACGGCUCGACUAUACGAACUCGACUACCCAGCAGUGGGACGCUAAGGAAAGAUGUUCGAGAAUGGGUCGAUGCCAACCGGAGCCCGAACGGUAGCGGGCCGUAUCUGUUCAAGCUCGUGCUGACGCCCCUGCCAAAUCGGACCAUUGACGAGACAGAGGAGGACAAGACUCUACUGGACUUGGAAUUGGCGCCAUCAGCGACGCUCAUUCUGGUUCCUGUACCCCGUUUCACUUCAGCUUACGGAGGAGGUGGCGGCUAUCGACGAGGCCACGGAGGGAUUGUUGACCGCAUCAAUGCGCUCUUUGUAGCGGUCAUGUCUAUAUUCAACGGCUUUUUUGGCAUGUUUGGUCGCCUGCUCACCGGGCCUCCCCAGAUCACGCAGGGAGAUGCGGGGAUAGAGAUGGACGAGCUGGACCAGAACCAAGCUCAGCCGCCUCAAGGGUCAAGUACUGGCCGCCGAAGUCCUCCAGGCAGUGCUCGAAAUCGGUCAGACAACUCGCGGGUCACGGGGUUCCGCAAUCCUGACGAUGACAGGCGGGACCAGCAGUUGUACAACGGAAAUUCGCUCAACUUUGAGCCAAGGCCAGACGAUGAAUAAUCAGGCAAACGGGGGACUGGAUAAAGUCCCAAACGCCAUAUUCAAUCAGAGUGGAAACGUUCAAUGCUAUUGUAAUAGUACAUGGAGUGACGUCGCAGGAGUAGUGUGCUGGGAUGUUUCUUCCUUUUGGUUGCCCAAAAAAUAUUAUGCAUUGCAAAGCCGUGUCAAAAAAUUGAACCUCGGCCUAGAUCCGGUAACCACCGACAGUUCCCCGAAUCUGUUCCCAACGCCAUGAAAAUAAAAGCCCGGGAUAUUCUUAGUACUGGGUAGAGGCGGCCUGGCAAGCCUUCUAGAGAAAGGGGAAGUUUUUCUAUAUUAGCAAGGUGCUCCUCGACGGGGAUAGUCCAAUAAGGCUGGG